CACACCGUCUCCGUCAUUGCACUAAUCUCUUAAGCGAAUUUCAUUCUGCCACCCACCAUUGUCUUUCCUGAGCGCAGUGAGAAUAAGAAACCCCUCAGAUGCCCGCCCGCAUCCUCAUCAUCGGCGCCGGGGUUAGCGGGCUGGCGCUGGCCCAGGGCCUGCGACGCGCCAACAUCGCCUUCGCCGUCUUCGAACGCGACAGCCAGCUCGACUCCCGGCUCCAGGGCUACCGUCUCCGAAUCCCCGGCCAGCUUCAGCAGGAUCUCCAAGCUCUGCUGCCCGAGGACACGCUGCGAAAUCUCGAGGCCACAUGCGCAAGGACCGAAAUGGGCGAGAGCAACAUCCGGGCGACCGACGGCAGUGUGCUCGCCUGCCGUCGCUUCUCGCCCUCGCCUGGUCAACCGGUCCCCUACACCGUGGAUCGCGGUCUGCUGCGCCAGGCGCUCAUGACGGGCAUAGACGAGGACGUCUGUUUCGGCAAGACGCUGACUGAGUACAAGCUUGUGAAGGCCGAUGGUGUGGACGUGGUCGAGGUCACAUUUCAGGAUGGAACUGUUGAGCGCGGCAGUCUUCUCGUCGGCGCAGACGGCGCACACUCGGUCGUGCGCCGCCAAUUGCUGCCCGAUGUCCACCUGCUCGACACGGACGCCUACUGCAUCUACGGCAAGAGCCCGAUGGGGCACGCGCUGCUGUCGCAGGUCCCCGCGCACCUGCGUCGGUGGAUCACGGUCGUGCGCGACGAGACACCCGUGCUCCAGGCGAUCAUCAUGGGUGAGCAGAGCCCGGUGUGUCUCGUGGCGGAGCCAGUCCGGUUCGUCGCCAACGACGCCGACAGCAAUACCACCGGGAGCGGCAUUGUCCCCGAGAACUACAUUCACUGGGGCCUUCUUUUCCGCACGAACCGGCUGCCUGGCACCACGACGAGCGAGAAAGACGCGAUGGCUGAGCGCCUGCGCAGGCAUCCAGCCGACCUCGCGCUCGAGCUCACCUCCGAAUGGCACCCGUCGGUGCGCGCCCUCGUCGAGCUGCAGGAUCCGCUACUCACCGCGGGGAUGCCGGUGCACUCAGCCGACCCGAGCGUGCUGCAGCGGGGCUGGUCCCCAUCCGCGUGCAUCACGCUCAUGGGCGACGCCAUUCAUCUGCAGUCCCCGGCCGGCGGGGUCGGAGCCUUCGCCGCGCUGCAGGAUGCUGUCUGUCUGCUCCAGGUAAUAUCCGAGAAGGGCAUCUCGGCGGCGAGUGUUGGAGAAUAUGAGCAACGGAUGCGCCAGGGUGCUCUGGUCUGCUUGGAGAGGAGCUUCAGGGCUGGGGAGGAGUUGAUUGGGGCGCCGCGGUUUGAGAAGUGUCUGCCUGUGAAGCUUUAGGGUCUGGUGGCCGCGCACAUGGCGCUGGAGGAGAGGCACUGGCUGUUACACGCGGCAACCGGGAAGAUUACUCGCUCCCGGUUUUGUUUCCCUUACGGCUGUGGCAAUCAUAUGCUGAUGGAAGCCUCAGAUAGAGU